GUGGGACCUGUUCAUGAUGUCUUGGAAAGGGAUAAUGUCUCCUCUCAGAAUUCCCUAGAAGAGGAAGAUUUCCUGUAGAACUCAUCUAACAUGCCAAUCCGCUUCAGUUUCAAAGAGCUUGAAAUUGCUACUAACAACUUCUCUAUGAAGCUUGGUUAGGGUGGAUUUGGCUCCGUAUACAAAGUUAUCCUUCCACAUGGGAUACAGAUUGCCAUGAAGAAGCUGGAAGGAAUUGGCCAGGGUAAGAAAGAAUUUCAAACUAAAGUUGCCAUCAUUGGCAGCAGCCACCACACCCACUUGGCCAGGCUCAGAGGCUUCUGUGCGAAAGGUACUCACCGGCUUCUUGCCUAUGAUUAUGUGGCAUCUUUGGAUAGAUGGAUCUUCAGUAUAAAUGAAGGCGGCUCAACUUUGGGCUGGGAAAUGAGAUUCGAUGUAGCUCUGGGUAUUGCUAAAGGAUUAGCUUGUCUUCAUGAGGGCUGCAACAUAAAGAUUGGUCACUGUGAUAUAAAACCUGAAAAUGUGCUUCUGGAUGAAAAUUACCAAGCCAAGGUCUCGGACUUUGGUUUGGUAACAGAGUCGUGUAGUUACAACAGUGAGGGGUACUACUAGAGGGUACUUGGCACCUGAAUGGAUUACAAACCAUGCCAUAUCAGAGAAAAGUGACGUAUAUAGCUUUGGCAUGGUUCUACUUGAAAUCAUCGGGGGAAGAAGGAACUUUAAUCCAGCAGAGAAUUCAUAAAAAAGCCCAUUUCCCUUCUUAUGCACUCAAGAUGGUGGAAGAGGCAAGUUGAAAGAAAUAUUAGAUCCAUAACUGAUGAUCAGAGGGUUUUUAUUGCAAUUAAAGUUGCUGUAUUGUGUUUAUAAGGGAACAUGUCCCCAAGACCAUCCAUGGCUAAAGUAGUUCAAAUGCUUGAAGGUGUCUGUGAUGCCCCUUCGCCUUCAAGCUUCUCUGAGAUGGGGACCAACUUCUUUAAAAAUUUUGUUAGACCAAUCAGAGAGGGUGCUUUACCUGAACUCUUAUAUGGACAUGAUGACACAAACUUUUCGGCUGUGCAACUAUCGGGUCCAAGAUAAUUCAAUGAUAGAUGUAUGCUAAUGAUGAGGAAACAACUAUUCAGGUGGGUAAGGUUGAACAAAUCACAGAUCCCGCAAGGUUCCACCAUUAGCCUCUCUUUUAUAGUUCUUGCAAUAAGAUAACUAUCUUGCAAAUUCCUUUGUGGUGUCUAAAUAUAUGUCAAGACUAAGUUAGUCCUUAUAAUGGUUUUUUUGGUGAAGAACAGCUUCUAUCACUA